GAUACGUUUUGACAACUGCAAUGGGCAACAGAUGCGUUAUUUCAUAGAAAACAAGACAAGUUUUCAAAUGGUUGAAAGUGAUUCGUAUUUUGAGGCUUACAGACACAAUCUCAGUGCCUUACAAAAGUUAACAGACGAAAACUUGCCUUUCAAGGACUAUAUAGUUUUCGGCAAUAAAGAUGUCUUACCACCAAAGUACCUUCUUGAAAAUGCAGAGGAGCCGAAAGAACCAAACGAGGAAGAAGGAGAUAGAGGAAAGGUUGCACACGAGGAAAGUUUGUCGACUGUCAAGGAAACAGAGAAUGCAAAAGAUGAUGACGAAUUGUCGGAGGGCGAAUUGGAUCCCGCAACCGUUUACUUUGAUUUGAAAAUCAUUUGUGAUCCAAAAUAUUCAGAAGACUGCGACCAAAAUAUGUCGAGUGUCCCAGUGCUGGAACUUGACCAAUGGCCAAACAAGGAAGUAUUAGGACUUGAUGAGUCACAGUACCGUGCAUGUCAGCUUGCACUCACUAAGCGCUUUGCGCUCAUUCAGGGUCCACCUGGUACCGGUAAGACUUACGUAGGGCUGAAGAUUGCACAUGCUCUACUUGAUAACCGAGAUUUGUGGAGUGGAGAAAACAGGUCUCCUAUUCUGAUGGUGUCCUACACCAAUCAUGCCCUGGACCAGUUCCUAAUGGGCUUGAACAACAAACAAGGAAUAGUUAGAGUCGGCAGUCGUUCUAGAGUAGAAGAACUUUACAAUUACAAUUUGAAGAUGUUAAGGAAAAGGAAACAUCAUGAUGAGGAUGUUGAUUUGUUAUAUCUUCGAGAAAAAGAUGGUAUCCGUCGAAAGAUAAUGGAAAUUGAGUCGAAAUACUUACCAAAGGAGGCAGCUUCCCUGCUAGCUCAGAGCAAUAAAGCCGUUAUAUCGCUGAAAGGACUGCAAAAGUUUAUAGAGUUUGAGCAUUUCAAAGCGUUAAAGCCUUUCGAACAAUGUUCUUACGUUCAGAUGGAUGAAGAAUUGCUGAGGUGGUUAGACAUUGAGAUCCGUCCCGCCAAAAACCGUGCACGCAAAGAAGAAGACAAGCAGUUCCUUAAGGAAAUCCAAAGGAUGUCGUCCUUUAGGGAGUCUAUUGACGAAGAUAUAGAAGUAAUAGAUACCGAAAAAGGAAAGUUUUUCCCUGCUUGUUACAUCGAUGACGCUGUUGAACCAAAUAAGCUAAGAGAUAGUCUCGAGAAUUCUUACAUCAUGGCUGAAAGAAGAGAAAUUGCAAUUGAUGACAUCUGGCAACUCAGGCUUGAUGAACGAUGGAGACUCUAUCGACUCUGGCGAGAUCGCUUGCAAGAUGACUGCCAAAAACGAAUCAUAGACAGCCAGGAUACAGGUUACGAGACAGAGCUAAAGAAACUGCAAGAAAGCAAUGAAGAUGUUGACUUCAAAAUCUUUCGGAAUUCCAGAGUUAUUGGCAUGACAACAUCUUGCGCAGCGAAGUAUCAUUCACUUCUCCAGCGAGUCAAACCAAAAGUUGUCAUCGUGGAAGAAGCUGCUGAGGUGCUUGAGGCUCACAUCUUGACGUCACUUCCGUUGGAUUGCGAGCACGUGAUUCUUAUAGGAGAUCACCAACAACUGAGGCCAAGCUGCACGGUGUACGAGCUGGCAAAGAAGUACAACUUGAAUAUUUCUAUGUUUGAACGGUUGGUAAAACUACAGAUGCCUUGUGUGCGGUUGUCGGAACAGCACCGUAUGAGACCAGAGAUCGCAUCUCUUAUGAAGCAUAUCUAUGAAGACCUUCAAGAUCAUCCCUCUGUUAAGGAAUAUGACAAUAUGCGAGGUGUGGAACAUAACGUUUUCUUUAUCGACCAUAGACAUCAUGAGGAUAGCAGUGAGGAUUCCUUCAGUCAUUUGAACGAACACGAAGCUCAGUUUCUAGUAAGGCUUUGUCGGUAUUUCGUACAACAAGGCUAUGAACCAAGUCAAAUAACCAUCCUCACACCCUAUCUUGGGCAGAUGUUCAUGAUCAGAGAUCACAUGACUGAAGGCGAUGACGAUUUGAGAAAGCAGACGCGGCUAACGACCAUAGACAACUACCAGGGUGAAGAGAAUGACAUCAUCCUGUUAUCCUUGGUGCGUAGCAACGACACUGGUCACGUGGGAUUCAUUCUGUUGAAAGAACCCAAAGAUUUCCUGGAAAAGGUACCAUAUGGCGGAUGUGAUGUGCCUUGUAUGUGUCGACUGCGCUGUGGACAUUCCUGUAAACUUUCUUGUCAUCCUUUUGAUAAAGAGCAUGAAGAAUUCAAAUGUCUUGAACAAUGUGCAAGAACAAUAAGAGGAUGCGAAAAUGGACACCUUUGCGAAAAGGAAUGCUCGGAACCUUGUGACUUUGACUGUAACUAUCCCGUCGAUAAGAUACUUCGAUGUGGUCACACCAAGAAAAACGCACGAUGUAGUGUUAACAUCCAAAGGCUCGAGUGUGACGUCAGAUGCGAAAAGAAACUUAAAUGUGGCCACCAGUGCCAGGCGAAAUGCGGCAAGUCCUGUACUAAAGCCUGUCAGGAGCUUGAGAAGCGCAAUGAUUGGCCUUGUGGACAUGAAGUUACUAUAGCUUGUUCAGCCACUCCCUUUGAUUGUCCUGGUCCUUGUGGCAAUCCUAUCUGUGACCACAUAUGUUCUGGGAGUUGUGGAGAGUGUCUGCAAGGAAGAGUCCAUCGACGAUGCAUGAAAACAUGUGGUAGAGUACUUGUCUGUGGUCAUGAGUGUCGCGACAAAUGUACCAUCACUUGUCCGCCAUGCACAAACAAGUGUGAAACCAAGUGCAAACACAGUGAAUGCAGAAGGAAAUGCGGUGAGCCUUGCGUUUCUUGUACUGAUCAGUGCGAAUGGAAGUGUGAGCACUUCCAGUGUAGCAAGAAGUGUGGGGAAAUCUGCGAUAGGCCACGCUGCGACGAGCCGUGCCGUAAACUACUACAGUGUAAACACAGAUGCCGUGGUCUGUGUAACGAACCUUGUAUCUGCGUGGAGUGCGAAAAGAAAGAAAUACAAAUCCUCUUCGGAACUGAGGACUUUGAUGAUGAAACUGUGCGCUUUAUUCAACUGAGGGGAUGCGAACACAUCUUUGAAGUGCGCGCACUUGAUCAUUGGAUGGAUAUGGGAAAUGAUGAUCAAACGGAACAAAACUCCAUACAACCGAAGGUUUGUCCAGGUUGCAAAACGCCAAUACAAACCAUGAUGCGUUAUAAUAAUGUAAUCAAGAAACAGCUAAAAGACAUCGAGAGAGUUAAAGGAAAACUGUUUAAACCAUUAAGCGAAGAACGAAGAUAUAAAGUGCGCAAAAAAUUGACCCAGUAUCUCCGUGAUGCUAGCAGCAACAGCAUCAGUAGUUCUGCAGGGCGAAAACGAAGACACGAUGAGGUACUCUUGAAAAGGAUUGAUCAAGCAAGGAACCUCUUUGAAAUCACUAACAUUGGAAACCAGGUGGAAUUGCUAACGCGGUGCCACACGCUCAUCAAGAAAGCAACAGAAACCAAAGCCAAAAUUGCUGAUGAAAAGAGCGCAGAAAUGAAGGAUGUGGAUUUGGGUAUCUCUGUUUUAAAGUUCCUCGAAGAAAAACGCAUCGUUGGUUCAGUUGAGCGGGAGAUCACAGACAUCGAGCUUGAACUGAAACGACAAAAGGUUGUCAUUGAAAUAUGCAGCCUUUUAAGUAAAACAGAAAGCCUUGAUAUUUCACUUUCCAGUGAACACAAAACCCUGUUGGAUAACAUCAGGAACUCGCUGUCAAAAGCCUCUAGCAAUGAAAAGCCAGAGUUGGACUCCUACUUAAAGGAAGUCGAAGAAAUCCGCUCUACAUAUCCUAUUGCUCCGCCAACACGUGAGGAGAAGGACCAAAUAAUCAAAGUCAUGGGGCUGUCCAAAGGUCAUUGGUAUAAGUGUCGUCAGGGACAUGUCUAUGCUAUUGGUGAAUGUGGCGGUGCCAUGGAAACGGGAACAUGCCCAGAGUGUCACGAUGUUAUAGGAGGAGCCUCUCACAGGCUUGCAGAAGGGAAUAAAGUAGCUACCGAAAUGGAUGGUGCUCGACAUUCUGCCUGGUCUGAGCAGGCUAACAUGGGAAACUAUGAUCUGCAAGAAUAAUACCACAUCCUUGUAUGUGACUGUUUCUUUUACAGAAAGGAAUGAAGUAGCUACCGAAAUGGAUGGUGCUCAGUAUUUUGCUUGGUCUGAGGAAGCUAACAUGGAAAACUAUGACCUACAAGAAUAAUACCACAUCCUCGUAUUUAAUUGUUUCUUUUACAGAAGGGAAUGAAGUAGCUACUGAAAUGGAUGGUACUCAGUAUUCUGCUUGGUCUGAGCAAGCUAACAUGGAAAACUAUGACCUACAAGAAUAAUACCACAUCCUUGUAUUUGACUGUUUCUUUUACAGAAGGGAAUGAAGUAGCUACCUGAAUGGACGGUGAUCGAUAUUCUGCUUGGUCUGAGCAGGCUAACAUGGGGAACUAUGAUCUGCAAGAAUAAUACCACAUCCUUGUAUUUGACUGUUUCUUUUGCAGAAGGGAAUGAAGUAGCGUAUGUGAUGAAAAACGAAGAAAUGAGCUAGGAAACUUAAGUAAAUAGUAAAUAAAUUCAUAUCUUAUGGAUAUGUACACUGUAUCGUACUAAAGCAUAGGUUUCAUAUAACUGUAAUCAGUGUUAAUACAGUAAAUAAAGUAAUAUUUUUAUACGACUUAAGAAUAGACAAAAUUAGUUGUUGUUUGAAGAUUGCUUUUUUGAUUUUUUUUUUUAAUUCUUCAUCAAGAUUUUCCAGAUUUUUGAACCAGCAAAUUUCACAUUAAUUUUUCCAUAGUUGGUUCUUGCUUAAGGUAAUGAAUAAUUUGACUUUGAUGUAAUCGUGAAGAAGUUGCGCCCAAAAAAAAUUGAUUGAAAAUCUAGGAGAUUACUAUGGAUGAUCAAUUAAACAGUUUUCAUCUAAA